AUGUUCUCUUGGUGUCCAAGGGCGAGGUGCUUCAUUUUCUUCGACAAAAUUAACGAGUGCGGCAAAUAUUGCGGCCAACCCGCCAACGGCCCCACCAUUUCGUUCAGCAGCUUCCGCCAGUCUUUCACCUCCAAUGUCAACUACUUGAAACGUCGAUUCAGCUCCGGGGAUUUGUCCUCGGAGUGUGAUGAAGCUGACGCCCAUAUCGACCACUACACAAAAUCACCGCCGGUCACCUCCCAACCCCAGGCUCCGCCGCCUCCUCCACCAUCGCAAUCGAGCACCAGCAGUGAUUUAUCGCUCAAUCUUCGGGCUGGAUCGAAAACAACCAGCGCUCCCAGUUCUCCAGCAAAGUCACGCGAAAGUCUUCUCCAAAGGGUGCAGUCUUUGACCGGACAGGCCCGCGAUCAAGGCGCUUCCAUUCUAGGAGCCGCAGUGUCUGGUGCCAGUCGAGUCACGUCUUCGGGCUCAGGCCGCCAUCUGAGCCUGCUGGUGAUCGAUGAUCAGAACACCGAUUGGAGCAAAUAUUUCCGGGGCAAGCGGAUUGGGGAUUAUGAAAUUCGGGUGGAACAAGCAGAGUUUCGUGAAUUGACCGUCACUGCCACUUCGGAGGGCGCUAAUGUGUCCAUGGCCGUUUAUAGGGGCGGCACGCGUGUUGGCCGCUCCUUCCGCCCAGAUUUCCUUCUGGUCAGGCAAAAUCUCAAAGACGCCGGUGAAGAUCACAAAAAACUGCUGCUGGCCAUGAAGUUUGGCGGAGUUCCCAGCAUCAAUAAUCUGAAUGCGAUUUACAACUUUCAGGAUAAACCGUGGGUUUUCGGACAUUUAGUGCAACUGCAAAGACGAUUAGGAAAGGACAGUUUUCCGCUGAUCGAACAAACGUUUUACCCCGACCACACAGAAAUGAUAACCGCGCCUCGAUUUCCAGUUGUGCUGAAAAUUGGGCACGCACAUGGCGGCCUAGGAAAAGUCAAGGUGGACAACAUUAACGAUUUCCAAGACAUGGCAAGCGUGGUGGCGGUAGCAAACACCUACUGUACCGUUGAGCCGUACGUCGACUCCAAAUACGAUAUCCACGUGCAGAAGAUUGGGAACAACUACAAAGCCUUCAUGCGAAAAUCCAUUUCUGGCUGCUGGAAGACCAACACUGGAAGUGCCAUGCUUGAGCAAAUCUCCAUGCCCGAUAGGUACAGGACUUGGGUAGACGAAGUGGCUGAUCUAUUUGGAGGUCUGGAUAUAUGUGCCUUGGAAGUGGUUGUUUCCAAGGAUGGCAAGGAAUUCAUUAUAGAGGUCAAUGACAGUGCGUUGACUCUGCUCGGCGACUCGCAGGAAGAAGAUCGAAGACACAUCGCUGAUCUGGUGGCUUCAAGAAUGCAGGCCAUUUGCAGACCAAAAACUCCCCCAGGAGGCGAAGAGCCGGUUCCGCCUCCAGUUGGCCCUAGAGGAAUUCUGAGCAGUAUCAGCAGUCUGACCCAUCCGGAUACUCCACCACUGUCCACUUCUGAUCAUCCGUCGCUCAGCAGUAUUGGAAGACGUGAUAGUCAAGCGUCUCAGUCCAGCACAAUUAGUAGCGCCCCAAGCACGGGACGCCUUCCAGAACCACCGCCCAGGCCUUUCCAAAGACAGGGAAGCCAGCAGGCUUCGGUACCGGAAGAUACUGAAGACACAAUGAAAAAUCUCAGGAAAACCUUUGCCGGAAUCUUCGGCGAUAUGUAACUUUUUUCGUUAUAAAAGCAACGUUUUUUAUUUCAUGUUGUUUAAUCCCAUGAUAUUUCGACGCAACUCACAAAGUGAAAAAACACACCAAUUUUUUGUGGCGGGAUUUAGAACCCAUUGGUUCCUAGGAGCAUUUUUGUUGGUUCAAACUAAUUCAACAUAUUGGAAACUAGGAAAGGAACGAGCGGAAAUGUUUCUGCUUCAAGAUCCGACAUCUGGAAGGACUGAAUACGAUCAACUAAUCUCAAGCCUAGAUGAUCGUUAAUGUAAUUUUCACUCAACUCACUCAAUCUUUUAAAUUAAGGCAUCACAUACAUCGAUCAUUUUAUAUUAACUUUAAGGUAACUGGCGAAUAACGCAGAUGUUGCUGAUUGAUAAGCUACCCGAAAAUCAGCGGCAAUGGAAGUGUGUAGUUACCAAUUUAUGUUUAAAUAAAUGUAAUAUUUGCUAAGCAAUAUAACACAACUCAUGUUAUCCACUGCCUAGGGCUAAGUUACUGCCGCUAGGAAAGCAAACUUGUAGCGGCAGGACCUUGUUAUUUUUUAACACGUAUGUAGCUGCAGCUAUCGGUGUCUGUUGAAAUUUGGAAAAUUUUCUAUUCAUCAAUGGUUAAUUUUGCGUAGUUAUUUAAUACAAAAGACAAUAUUAUUAAAGAUGAUGCACCUCUGUAUGUGGUAGAAUAGAAACGUUAUAUUAUAGGAACGUAAGUUGAUUUAUCAUUUGCAAAUGGCAACGAAUUUUUUGUUAGUUACACAUAACGUACAACAAGGGCGAUUAAUUAAAACUACCGUUCAGUUCCUUGGUACUGUAUGGACUGCCUAAACUGAUUAAAUGUUUUCUUCCUUAGAAUUACGCGUUGUUUUCUUGUUAAAUUUGUUGUCAUUUAUUAACCUUCAGUUCCUUCAGAUUAUGGUGUUCCAUUGAUUAAUCGUAACAAUAAUUCAGUAAUAGAUUUUACAUGAGAUAUCGUAGUGAAUUUCCAGGUACAUAAUAAAGGACAAAGCAAAAAUGUAUAAUGCGACGCUAAAUAAUUAAGCACAAAAGCAAUUCCAUUUAUUCCUCAAUCUCUUUGAGAGCUUCUAACUAACUGGGCCUCCCACUUUACCAGCGUCAACUGUAGAAAGCCGAUAGGCUAGAAACGAGUUAUUUUUCCACUCUAGUGUCCAUCUUGAUAUGUUUUCCGAUAACUCUUUGGAGGUCUAGUGCAAUAAGGUUGUGUAGUUAUUCUGCUUAUUACCAUGUUACGUUUAUGAGCAUAUUGUAUAGUGUUAUAUUGAUGGAAUAAAAACAGAACAAA